AUGAGUUCAGCACAAAAAAGUACAAAAACAGAACAAGCAGCUGCUAUCGCCAAUGCUAAUAGAAUUGGUCAAGAGACACCAGAUAGUGAUCCACGCAAGAAAGCCGAUAGAGAAAAUGAAGGUCAUCUUUCGGGCAGUCAAUUUACUAUUGCUGAAACUCCUGCUUUUCAUGUCAGUGCAACAGUCGGAACCAAGAAAUGA